AAAAAAACAGGGGCUCACAAGAUGCCCCGCGUGAGUAUCUGAGAAAGUUAGCAAUGCUCAGCUGGAACGAGGAAGUGCCGUGGAGAGGGGAGGGACUCCGCGCUGAGCUCCCUCCUGCAGCCGCGGCGUUGAGAGGCGCACCACAUGGAGCUGCGGAGAGCUGGAAGAGCCUCAUACUGCAAACUCAGGGAAUCGCAGAAUACCUGCACAGAAUGGAAAUCGAGGAAGCCCAGGAUAUGUCACAGGUCUCAGGACGUGAGAGUCCAUCUGUGAAUGAUAUCCCUGAGGAGAAUGAUGAGCCCAUGCCUGUACCUGAAGAUCUCUCUGCCACUGCAGGACAGCAGCACGCCCCAAAAAAUGACAAAGUUUUGGCCAGUAAUAUUAAAGUAGAAAAUCAGAGUGAAGAGAAUGGGAAUGCCUGUGAAGUGAAUGGGGAGGAAUGUGCAGAGGAUUUGCGAGUGCUUGAUGCUUCAGGAGCAAAACUGAACGGCUCCCACGAUGGCCAAAGCGGCAAAACCUACUCAUCAGUUGGUGGCAUUCGUCUCCCCAACGGGAAGCUUAAAUGUGAUAUCUGUGGAAUUGUUUGCAUCGGCCCAAAUGUUCUUAUGGUACACAAACGAAGCCACACUGGUGGGCAACUAAGACAGUGGCCAUGGAGAAGUGAACUGAGGAUGAGUAGAAAGGCAGAAGAGCGAGGGGGAGUUGUGCCCACCAUUCUACAUUUUAAGGGGGAACGGCCAUUUCAUUGUAAUCAGUGUGGUGCCUCAUUCACUCAGAAGGGCAAUCUGCUCCGUCAUAUAAAGCUGCACUCUGGUGAAAAGCCGUUCAAGUGCCAUCUGUGCAACUAUGCCUGUCGUCGCAGAGAUGCCCUCACAGGUCACCUCCGCACUCACUCUGUUGGGAAACCUCACAAAUGUGGAUACUGUGGCCGGAGCUACAAACAGCGCAGUUCAUUAGAGGAACACAAAGAGCGCUGUCACAACUACUUGCUUCAAAAUAACUUGUACUCAGUAGUAAAGGAAGAAAGCAACCACAAUGAGAUGAGUGAAGACUUAAGCAAGAUGGGAGCAGAGAGAGCCUUGGUGCUAGACAGACUAGCUAGUAACGUAGCCAAACGUAAGAGCUCUAUGCCUCAGAAGUUUGUGGGUGAGAAGAGGUUGUCUGAUCUGUCCUACGAUGGUAAUUCAAACAGUUACGAAAAGGAUAGUGAAUUAAUGCAGCCUCAUGUCAUGGACCAGGCAAUCAACAGUGCUAUCAGCUACCUGGGAGCAGAAUCUUUACGUCCAUUAGUACAAACCCCUCCAGCAUCAUCAGAUGUGGUCAUCAGUCCAAUAUUCCCACUGCACAAGCCGCUUCCUGAUAACCAUAGUCGCAACAACGGCAGUGCUCAUGGUCAUUCAGCCCAGGACAGUGCUGUGGAAAACCUGCUCCUCCUCUCCAAGGCUAAGUCCAUUUCUACAGAGCAGGAUGCUUCACCAAGCAACAGCUGCCAGGACUCAACCGACACAGAAAGCAAUGUUGAAGAGCGAGCAGGGACCGGGGGGCUCAUCUACCUGACUAAUCACAUUGCACCCCAAGCCAGAAAUGGAGUACCGACAUUGAAAGAUGAGCAAAGCAGACCGUAUGAUCUCAUGAGGGCUGGCAUGGAACUGUCAGCUGAAGGCUUCCGAGUCAUAAGCAAUGAUGGUGAGCCAGUGCGAGUGUACAGAUGUAACCACUGUCGGGUGUUGUUCCUUGAUCACGUCAUGUACACCAUCCACAUGGGAUGCCACGGCUUCCGAGACCCUUUUGAAUGCAACUUGUGUGGCCACCGUAGUCAGGAUAGGUACGAGUUUUCCUCACACAUAACUCGAGGGCAGCACCAUUUUUAAAGCUGAAUGAACAUUUUAUGCACAUAGCCAUUUACAACCCCCCACACACGUACAGUGUUGCACAUACGCACUUCUUCAUAAAUGUGUGAGUUUGUGUGCAGUCACAAAGUGCAUGGAGUUCUGGAAACAUCCAAAGAAAUAUCACAUUUUUGUUGGGAUAUUUUCUAUGUAUUACUAUAGGUGAAAGUAUGGACACCACAUCACUUUUGGCAUCGCAGAAGAACAAUAUUAAACUAUUCACAAGUGCUCUGAUGAACAAUGAGAUUUAUACGUAAUCAGAAGAGUUUUUUUUUUAAUUUUGUUGGAGGUGUAGUGAGUCAAGAUGAAAUGUUGGAUUUUUUAUUGUUGAAAAGAAGACUGCCAAACAGAUGAAAUGACCAAGUAUUUAGCUUGAUGCUAUUAUAACAAAGUUUGCCAAGCUAACUGUGUGUUUUUAACUACAAAGCAACUUUUGAUUAAUGUAGCACAUGUGAAAAAAAAUAGAAAAGAAGCAAAAACAGUAUUUUUGUAAUAUGUCAGUCAAGUGCUGGUGUAAUUUAUACUUUAUAUUUAAAGAUCCUCCAGCUGCCAUUUUAAUUUUCAGCAGUAUGCUUUCAUAUCUGGAUAUAGGUUGGUUUAACUUUCUUUUUUUUUUUUUGUAUAUCUAAUAAAAUGUAAAAAAUUUUGGCAAAAUUAAGAAAAAACUGAUAGAUCAUUUUUACAAGGUUUCUCGGGUACUAAGUGAUCCUGUGGAAAGUCACAGUCUGCCCACAUUAGGCACCUCCUCUUAUUUCUUUGGCAUUUUACCACAGCAUUUGAUUUCCUCCAUCAAUGUGCUGCAGGAAACAUCCCCUAGAACCAGGAAAUGUCUCAUGCAAGGCAGCCGUUAAACCAAAUCACUGGCUGAAGACAAUGAAGGGAGAAAGUAAAAUGGCUCUUUUUUCUACCCUUGAUAAGGGGAUGAUUUGUGUCAUUCCAUGGAUCUCUGCAAUAUCUCCAAAAGCAUACUUUUCAGAUUUUUGUUUUUCCUUAUUUGGAGGAAUUUACUCUUACUUGAUAUAAUAGUUCAGUUUAGGAAGGAGUAAUUUUGCAUUGAAUUAUCUUCUCGGUUUCACUUUUAGCCUUAAUUAUGUCUCUCUUGAUUUUCUUAUGCAUACUGCAGAAGAGGAAACUUUAAAGGGAAGAUGAGCGAUUUUGGUUAAGUUUAAAAGGUUUAAGUAUUAUCCUUUCAGUUUAUCACUUUGGAAAAGGGUGACUGUUUUUGUGUUUAUUUAUUUUCUAAUCUUUUUGUGCUCCAUAAAAUGAUAUUUUACCAUGACAUGGCGUUAUGCUUAUUGGCGGCACUGAAGUGGCUUUGUAAAGAAUUAAUUAUGUGUAUACAUUUAUGUGUAUCCUGUAAUGGCCUGACAUCCCAUCCAGGAUUGAUGCCUAUCUUUCAUCCACUGCUUCGUAGAUACUGGAAGCAUUGGCUUCCCACAAGACUGUGCCAAGGAAACUGCAUUCAGAAGAUGAACAAACUGAAGGAUGACUUAAUACAAGGAUGUGUGCCACAAUAGCCUGGCAUAAGUUUCUGCCAAUGCACCUGUGUUGCCCACAUGGCUGGCACUGGCACUCACAAUUAUAAAGAGGAAUAUAAGUUAUCAGAGAGCUUAAAGAUGGGCAGUUCAACAUGUGAGAUUUUUACACUCUGUAGAAAUUGUAUGAACCCUUUGUGAUUUUGAUCCCAAUUUCACCAUACUGUACUUUUGUGAGGAAAGCAUAUUUAUCCUUUGCUUCACCUGAUUUUUUUGUCCUACCUAGAGGAUUACCUCAUAUUCUUCUCCUAUUUUAGAGGGAUUACUUCUGAUUUUUACGCCCAGUUUCCUUAUUUUUUUCUAACUGCAGAUGCAUUUUAUUUUUUUAUUUAGAAUAGUUUCAGUUAUGUGAUACUAUAGUUGUUUUAUUGUGAAAGCACAAGUAAAAAAGGAACAACAUAUCUUUAAUUUAAAGCACAAAAAGGCAUAUAACAUACAGUAUAUUUCUGUGUACAUGUAGAGCCUUAAUAAAGCCAUCAGAGUUAGUGAAAUCUUGCGGUCACAUUUCCAUUUAGAGUAUUUAUACCACUUUGGCAAAGGGAUGUUUAUUAUUAUUAUUAUUAUUUUAUAUUUAUUAUAAAAUGCUUGCUUUGUUCUUUUAAUUAAAUUCAUAUAUACUGUACAUUCUGAACUACACCACAGCUGGAAGAUUAAGGAGCACAGCAACAACAAGCAAAUCACUGAAUGUUUUUCAAACUCCUUUGGUUGAAUUUAUGUUUGGUAUCUCUCUGGCUGUAAGAUAGCUUGUUCCUAAGCUCUGAAUUUUUUUUUUUUUUGUUUGUUUUGUUUUGUUUUAAAACAGGAAAACUAUUCCUUAUUUUUGUAUGCAUUUGUGAUGUGGACACUGAAUAAAAUACUUCUUUAAAAAUA